CUGAGAAAGAAAACAGAAAAUGGCUACCAUUAUUUUGUUGGGAAAUGAACAAGUUAGAGAGAAAUAGCUAGUUCUAGUGGAAGCUACAAGACAAUUAAUUGCUCUAUUUUGUACUUAUUUUUUGAAAUUCUUGUCUGCUACUAGUACUGUACAGUGUACUGCGGAAUCAUCAAAGGUCCAAUGUCUCCCCAAAUGUCCACCACUUGUUGCGAGUCAAGUAUCCACCCCCUAUAGUGCUACACCUCCUCAAAACACUUCCUUAAAACGCAGCCACCCUCUACGAACAACACUACUUCGAAUGCCACCAUUAACAUGUACAACAACAGCCCUCGUGGAGACGUCAAUUCCUCAAUGUAUUCCAGUUACAAUGCUUCAGGCGGCGCUCCGAGCCCUCAACCGAUAGCGAUCAGCACUUUAGCUGACCCCACACCUGCCCUACUGUCAGUCAGCUCCACCCCUGCUCACGGAAUUGUGUCCAUGGCACCCUCGAGCUCGAUGCAAAACUUUGACCCGAUGGUCAGAACUCCAAUGAUGACUAAUUUAUCCUUUAUGCCUGGAAUGAUGAGUGGGGCUCCCAUAUACCCUAGCCCUGAAACGAGAAUGGCGAUGCCUCAAGGCUAUCAAGGUGGUCAUCCUGGGAUGUACCACCCUGGAAUGUAUGCCGGAAUGCCCGGUCAGAUGCAAGGCAGAGAAAUGAUAGGACCGAUGCGAGCUGCAAUGACACAUCACAUUAACCACCCAGGGAUGCCGAUGGACGAUGAACAAAUAAGACGGCCUGGAAUGGUCCCACAGAUGAGCCCUCAGGGCAUGCACCCUCAAAUGCGAGCCCAGUACAACUACGUUCAGCAGCACAGAACAAUGCAAAACCCUGUGCACAUGAACCCUGGAAUGCAUCCCGGGAUGAGAAGACAGGUGCACAUGUCACCUGGUGGCCAGAGUCCUGGGAUGAGAAUGGCCAACCCUAGUGGAAUGAUGCACGGCAGACCUCCUGGAGCAAUGUACAACGUGGGACCGCCUCAGAAUCAGAUUCAAGCCAAUCACUGUGGAUUUACUCCAACUCCUGAGCAGACGUCUCAUAUGCAGCAGAGUAAUACUAUGAGUCAGCCACCAGUUCCAGUUCCAGUCGCUAGCAAUCCAGCAACCUCCCAGGGUGUACCAAUGGCUCAGAAUGACUCUUCUUUCAACAGUGGACAACAGCAAAAUCAAGAAGUGCUGAGUCAGUUUCGGAACGAUUUAGACAACCUACCCGAUCUCUCCUCUCUGGACGGUCUUGCUGGGAACGAUACGAGUGGUCUCGUUAAUUCGACCUUAAAUGCAAACCCUUCUCUAUCUCUUCAGCAGCAGAAUGUUCCGAACGCCUCUGUCACUCUCACUCCAACUCAGAAUCAUCAAAGGUCCAACGUCUCCCCAAGUGUCACACCACCUGUUGCGAGUCAAGUACCCACCCCUUAUAGUGCUACACCUCCUCAAACGCAGCCACCCUCUAUGAACCACGCUACUCCGAAUGCCACCAUUAACAUGUACACCAACAGCCCUCGUGGAGAUGUCAAUUCCUCGAUGUAUUCCAGUUACAAUGCUUCGGGCAACGCUCCGAGCCCUCAACCGAUAGCGGUCAGCACUUUAGCUGACCCCACACCUGCCCUACCGUCAGUCAGCUCCACCCCUGCUUACAGAAUUGUAUCCAUGGCACCCUCGAGCUCGAUGCAAAACUUUGACCCGAUGAUCAGAACUCCAAUGAUGACUAAUUUAUCUUAUAUGUCUGGAAAGGUGGAUGGGGCUCCCAUGUACCUUAGUCCUGGAACGAGAAUGGCGAUGCCUCAAGGCUACCAAGGUGGUCAUCCUGGGAUGUACAACCCUGGAAUAUAUGCCGGAAUGCCUGGUCAGAUGCAAUUACAACAAGGCGGAGGAAUGAUGGGACCGAUGCGAGCUGCAAUGACACGUUACGUUAACCACCCAGGGAUGCUAAUGGACGGUGGACAAAUAGAAUGGCCUAGAAUGGUUUCACAGAUGAGCCUUCAGGACAUGCACCCUCAAAUGCAAGCCCAGUACAACUACGUUCAGCAGCACAGAACAAGAAGACAGGUGCACAUGUCACCUGGUGGCCAGCAAGUAAUGAGUCCUGGGAUGAGAAUGGCCAACCCUAGUGGAAUGAUGCACGGCAGACCUCCUGGAGCAAUGUACAACGUGGGACCACCUCAGAAUCAGAUCCAAACCAAUCACCGUGGAUUCGCUCCAACUCCCAAGCAGACGUUUCAUAUGCAGCAGAGUAAUGCUAUGAGUCAGCCACCGGUUCCAGUCGCUGGCAAUCCAGCAACCUCCCAGGGUGUACCAAUAGCUCAGAAUGACUCUUCUUUCAACAGUGAACAACAGCCACAUCAAGGCAUCCCUCAGAGCAGUGGCCCUCUUCUAGGUGGAGCUGUAUCCCAAGCCCCCCCCACUUUUCAGCAGACCACGCCCAACAAUGCCCUGCCAGGCUCAACUGGUGGGACCCCUUCUCUCCCAGGACGCACCAACAUGCAGGGAAUGACUUCUGUUGAUGAUAAUCUAUUGUCUCAGAAUCAGCAGCAGCAGCAACAGCAGCAACAGCAGACAACCUCUCAAGCAACUGGGGGGAUGCCUAACCACCAUGUCCCCACCCCACCCCCUCCUGGAUCCAUCCACGGCGGCGGAAACAAGCUACCACCGGGGGCUCCCCCUAACCAGACCUUGGACCCUGAGAAGAGGAAGCAGAUUCAACAGCAGUUGGUGCUCCUACUCCAUGCUGACAAGUGCGAGAGAGAUCAACAGGCGAGCGGUGACUAUCGGCCGUGUACCCUCCUACACUGCAAUACCAUGAAGAGUGUGCUCAAUCACAUGACUGAGUGUCAGGCAGGAAGAUCCUGCACCUAUACACACUGUGCCACGUCUCGUCAGCUCAUCAAUCACUGGAGGAACUGUGUGCGUGCUGACUGUCCUGUGUGUCUACCUGUCAAGCAACAACAUACACGGCCAGGGCAGGGAAACACAGGCUACAAUCCUGGAGCAAAUCCUGGCCUGGGAGGACCGCCGCAAUCAAGCUUCUUCCUUCCCAUUCCACAGAUCACGAGCAAUCCUACUCAAGCGUGGCACUCUCUUGUGAUCCCUGACCUCAGGCAGCACCUUGUUAAAAGAAUAUUGGAGGCCAUCUACCCUAUACAUGAUCCCUUUGCUUUGAGAGAUCCUCGAGUCAAGGGUCUUAUCCAGUAUGCCAUGAAGGUUGAGAAGGUGAUGUUUGAGGCAGCUCAGAACAGAGAGGAGUACUACAAACUAUUGGCUCAGAAGAUCUACCUCAUCAGGAAAGAUCUAGAGGAUAGAAAAAGAAACAAGAGCAGAGACUUGAAGGCCAAACAAGCCCUUGAUGAAGCCAUGAAGGCUGGAUUUGUCCGUGUGAACACUACUAAUAUAUUAUUCUUUGGAAUGGCGGGUACUGGUAAAACUUCCGCUAAGCAUCUCCUUCUGGAACUACCUCCUCCCGAAGACCGAAAUAGCACUCCAUUAGCCAGCACAGCAGAGAGGGUAUGUAUUCGACAAAUUCGUGACACUACAAAGCUGAAAAUGGAAGCUCAAAAAGAUUCCCCUAGAACAUGGAAACCAAUAGCUAGUGAUGACGUACAAAGCAUAGUUGCUGAUGUUAUUAAAUCGCAUGUAUCCAGCUUAGAUUCUAACUCUAUUAUUCCACAAGAACUCAGCAUUGCUCUGAAGCAACUUGAAGCCAGGAAUGAACCAGCUAGCAAUGAACCAGCUAGCAAUAAACCAGCUAGCAAUAAACCGGUUGACGAAAUUCCUUUGACUUCAAGAGCUAGUCCAACUAAACUAUCAGAUAAUGAACAAGAAAGUUUAGAUGGUGGGAGCAGAGAUUUCCUUAACAUUAUUUCAGAUGUAAUGAUGAAUAUUCAGCGGUUAUCUGACGAUGAUCGUACUGCUAUUCAAGAAAAAUUUGGAUCUCAUUGGAUCUACAUAAUAGACAGUGGAGGCCAACCGCAUUUUCAUAAUCUAUUGCCCCUCUUCAUGCCAAAGAUUUCUAUAGCUUUGUAUAUCCUUCGUCUCUCUGAAUCCCUAGACGACCAUCCGCUGGUUGAAUACUACAAGGACGAUGAGCCAGUUAGUAAAAGUUUUAAAUCACAUCUCUCAGUUCUUGAUAACUUUAAGUAUCUCGUCCAGUCAAUUCAAUCUCAGAGUGAAAACUGCAAGCUGAUAUGCAUUGGCACUCACAAAGACCGUCAAUCUGAAUGCAUGGAAACAUUAUCUGACAAGAAUAAAACUUUUUUGAACUUAGCAGAGAAAGAUAACAUUCAGAAAUUUACUUAUUUUUUCAACUUGGCAAAGAAGAAGAAGGAGAUUAUAUUUCCUAUGGAUUGCAAGAACUGCGACUCUGACAGUAAGGACAUAGCAAAGACAAUUCGUGAAAUUAUUUACGAACGAUCUCAAAAGCUUAAAAAUGAAAUCUUGUUCCCUUUUUGGUGGUUUGUUUUAGAAAUUAUUGUCGAAAAGGUUUCAACCAAUCAAAAUAGAAAAGUUUUAAGCAAGACUGAAUGUGUUGAAAUUGCAAAAGCAUUGCAUAAUUUUCACGAAGAUGCUCUUUGUGAAGCUUUAAAAUUCUUCCAUGAGCAUCACAUCUUUCACUAUUAUCCUGAAAUUCUUCCAAAUGUGGUAUUUUGUGAUACUCAAGUUCUUCUCGAUAAGGUAACGGAACUUGUUGAGUUUGCUGCAUACGUGCGAGGAAGUAACACUCCAAUACAUGGGUCAGGAGACUGGUUAAAUUUUACUGAUAAAGGAAUUAUUACAAUUGAACUUCUGUCUGAUAAGACUUUUGAGAAGCAUUAUGUCAAUGGACUGUUUGCACCCACUGAUCUCAUUGAAAUAUUCAAGUACUUGCUGAUAGCCACCCCAUUUCGUUUAUUCUCACAAGGAAUCACUCAAGAUACGCGUUUAUAUAUGCCAUCUCUUCUAUCCUUGCUCCCACCAAGUGAAGUCAAUGAAAAACGAGCUGUUUUGCUUGAGACCGGAUUAAUCCCACUUGUUUUGCAGUUUAAAAGCAACUGGCAGUGCUGUGGGGUGUUUUGCUGUCUCCAAGUGUAUUUAAUUAAAGAAUGUGAAUGGAAAAUUGAAAUGGAGGAUCACCAGCCGAGUAGAAACUUUGUACAAUUCGUUCAUCGAAAGGAAGACUGUUUUAUCAUGCUAAUUGACCGGUUUUCGUUCCUCGAAAUUCAUUCCAGUAGUCAUGUUAAAAAAAUGUUGUUUAUGAUAAAUGAAAACGUUCGAUUAGGUUUGCAAUCUGCUUACCAAGCCCUGAAAUACACAUAUGAGGAUCCUGAAGUUGCAUUUUUGUGUCCCCAUGAAUUGCCCAAAUCUCAACCACCUUCAACUGAAACAAGUGCAAGUCACCAAGUGCCCCACCCAGCUCAUGUUCUUGCAAAUGGCAAUGUUAUGAGGUGUACUCAAUGCAAUAAGAUGACAUAUACGUUAGGAAAAGGUCAUAAAAACUGGCUCUCAGUAUGUUGCCCAUCUACGAAUGUAGCAAGCGAACUUUCAUCGCAGCCAUCAAUUCUGGAAAAUGACACUUCUGAGGAAGAUCCUCUAGCCUCAGGCAAACGCAAAAGAUUAUUGCCAUCAGAUGAAGAAGUUGAAACUCUGUUAAAGCGUCAGAAGAAUGAUGUCAUUGUACAAGAAUUGUCAUCAGAAAAGGGUCCAAACAAAAGAGAAAGUGCAAACCAGCCGAUUGUUCUAACUGAAAUGAAUAGUAUAAUUUCUGAUAGUUUGAACAGUGCAAGCAACGAUUGGUUCAAUUUAGGAUUGGCUCUCGGGGUGAAGUAUAAUGAUUUGAAAGACAUCGAAGACCAAUACCCUACUAAUCAACGCCGCCUAGUGGAUAUGGUGGCCAAGCGUCUUAAAGUCACUGAUCCAGAACAUCCGGUCACAUGGCCUUACAUAUGUGAAUGCCUAAGGCGUCCUGCUGUUAAGCGUAACGAUGUAGCCGAUGAAAUUGAAGCAAACUGUGUGAGGACAGCAACUGCAGUUGCUCAUACCAAUACAACCUGACAGGGUAAUGCAGCGACUUAACUACAUGUAGCUGCUAAUGUAGUCCCCCACACAACCAACACAACCAACCCUUGAGUCAGUUCAACAACAUGAGACACGAAGAGACUUAAAGUGUGACGUAAGCGGUCGUCUGGCAGGAGAGAACAUGACAGGGGAGCACAACAGAUUCACACACCAGUCCAUGUUUUGGAGUGAUGUCGGCCCCGAGGUUGGGUUUGAAGCCACGGGCCUGGUUGACAGCAAACUCCCCACAGUGGGCGUAUGGGCUAGGAAGACCAGUGAGGAAUCCGAGUUGCCUGUGGAUGAUUAUUCUAAAGGGGUGGUGUUUUAUCUCAACAAACCAGACGGCAAAAUAGUUGGAGUCCUUACAUGGAAUCUGUUUGGAAAGAUGGAUCUGGCGAAACAGAUCAUAGCUGAAGAGAAAGCUAAUGGAGAUAUUGGGUCACUGUCAGCCAAGUUUAAGAUACACGAAGAGACUGAGGUGUGAUUGAUCAGCCACUCAUCUGGACUCACUUCUAAGAGCUAGUCGAACUCUUUUGUAGACUUCUUAUGAUGUUUUGUGUUGGAAGAGCAACGUUUAUUUUGUGUACAGUUUCUCAGAUUAAUCUAAUGG